AUGAACUACAAAGCUGGACUUGUAUUGUCGGCGCUGCUGACGCUCGGCACAUGCAACGUGAAUUACACCAUCACGGCUGAAGCGGUCCUGGAGAUCGAGGUGAAGAACUACAACGGUCAGGGCGAUGACCUCAACGGUCAGGUGGUCAUUGGGCUUUUAGGGGACACAGUCCCAGUUGCUUCCCUCAACUUCAAGACAAUCUGCGAGGGCGUCAAGAGACCCAACCAACCGCUCAUCACCUUCAAGAACACUUACUGUCAUCGAGUCGUUCGCGACAUGCUGAUACAGUGCGGAGACGUCCAUGGGCUGGACGGCCGAGGAAGUACCAGCAUCUAUGGCGAGACAUUCAACGACGAGAACUUCCUCAUCAGCCACUCCAGCGGCGGCAUCGUCAGCAUGGCCAACAAGGGCAAGGAUUCCAACGGUUCUCAGUUCUUUAUCACCUUCGGGCCCAGUAGGUUCUUCGACAAGAAACAUGUGGCUUUUGGUAAAGUGGUCAGAGGAUACGAAUACCUGAUGGCCAUCAACCGCAUGGGUAACCUGGACAAGACACAGAAACCCAGGCGACCGGUGAAGAUUGUGGACUGUAACGUGGUCGAGGUGAAGAAAUAUGAACUCACCGACAAAGACAUGCGGACCGACGACCUGGAAGGCAUUGUCAAACACUAG